GUAAAUAUAUUACCUUAUCAUCUAUAACAGAGAUUAUUUUAUUUAUUAUUAUAAAUAAAUAAUGGUCCUUUUGAAGUAGCAAAAUAAGUAAUGAAACAUUGAAAAGGGCAAUAGGUACCUACAUAACGUUAAAACAAAUAAAAAAUUUAUUUCAAAUUCCUUGAACUUCUAAAGACAGAAUUAAGGCUGAAAUAUUUGCGAAAUGCUAUAAUUGACUCGUUAUUUUUAGCAGAGCGAAAUUUGAAUGGCGACAUUGUCUUAUGGCAAUAACCUUUGGCAUUAGAGCCCUCUAUUGUUAAUCCAUUAAUUAGAUUGGAAAUGUAUACAAUUCAAAAAGAAAUCCUGUUGAAUCAUGACCUCCUAGUUCGACAGACUAGAUCUUUUUGUUGUGUAUCUCGUCUUUUCUUUUCCAGCUUUUCUUAAUCUUUCCUUAUUUCGACUUUUCAGACUCCUUAUACUUUCUGUUUGACCAUUAUUUUUUUCAAACAAUUAACAUUCCAUACCUAUCAACCAACGAUAAAUAAAAAUUGCAGUUACUUACAUGCAAAAAAAUUUAAUGUGUAAUAUAUUUAGUUGAUAAAAAAGGUUUUAGAAGUAUAGUUUGUGCUUGCGUAAUACGGUUAAUCAUCAUACACCAUAAGUGUCUGGGAUUGUAUUCGAUAUUUCAACUUGAUUUUUUAGAUUAACACAUAAUCACGCUUAUUGUAGAUUACCAUGUCACUUGAUUGAGUAGAAUCGUGUCUUAUCCAACAGUGAGUACCUACCUACUUUUUUUUAUCAGUAUUUUUGUUCAACACUCAAACAUCGAAGUACCUUUUAUUAUAGUAGUAAAAAGUGUAAGUAAAUUAUUCAAAAUAUGUAUAGGCAUUGUUUCAUAAGUCAUAAAUCAUUAUAUCUACAUACGUGCUUUAUUGUGUUGUGGUCAAAUUUUAAGUUAUUAUUGCUGUUUAAACACCACUUCCUUUGGGUUCCUGUACUAUGAGGGCUGCAACUUAAUAGUUACACUGUUUUACCAUUCAUUUUAGCUGUACAUAUUGUGUUAGGGUACCUAAGGUGAAAAUUCAAUUUUUUAUGUCUGAUGAAUUUGAAUACAUAUAUCAAAGUUCAAAUAAGUCGGUCAAAAAUAUACUUUCUCCUUUUUUUUUUUCAUCAUAUAGGCAUAUACAUUUUUCAUUUGCUGUUAAAAAAAUCCCUGUAAGUAUAAUUAAGUCACAUGAUUGAAAUACAAGUUUCAAUUAAGUAUAACCAUCUCGAUCAAUUAAAUCCAGUUUCGUCAUCACGCAAACCGUUUUUUUUUUUUUAUUAAAAUGAUGGCAGUACGCUCAAUUAUUUAUUCAUUAAAUUUGUACCAUCACAAGAACAUUAAUAUUUGAAUAAAGAAGCCGCAGCAAUAAAUAAAAAGCACGUGUUCUUAUAAGGCCCAAUAAAGAAGACAAAUAUUUGGUUUUGAGUGAAAUGCAAAAACCCCAAAUACAUAAUGGCAAUCUGGAGCUCACUUACUUUUUUGAUAAGCAAGCAGAGCCGACAAUGUUGGAAGAAACGGAGACUUCCAAAAUUGGCACUAGUAUCAAGAACAAAAUUUGGCAAAUUUUUCCUUCUGCGUGCGCUUCGCUGACAUGUAUCCCAUUUGGUUUGAUGCUCGGAUGGCCCUCACCAACCUACCCAACACUAAUAUUCGCCGAAGAUUCUCCAGUUCCGAUCACCCUGGACCAAAGUGCAAUGAUAGCAGGUUUCCUCUUACUAGGAGUGUGUUUUGGGACGCUUUUUUCGACAAGCUCCAUAGCUCAAGGACCAAAAAAUGGUAUAAUUUUCGGAAACCUUUGCAUAGUAUUAGGCUGGGUACUUAUGUGGCAAAGUCAAAAUAUGUACUGGCUUUUGGCUAGUAGGUUUUUGAUGGGAUCUGGACAUGGCUAUGCCAUGGGCCAAAUAAAACGAUAUAUUAUCGAAAUGACUGAAGAUGCUUUAUCUGCUUCGCUAGUAAAGCAAACGCAAUUCUAUGCUUUGUUUGGAUUUGUAUUGGCUUUCGCUGUUGGGCCUUUUAUAAGUUUUAGGCUGUUUGCUUUAACGAGCUUAAUCCUGGCAACGUUUAUUUUGUUUUUAGCCAUAUUUUUACCGUCAACUCCAAGGGAGCUGAUACAAGCGAAAAAAAUUCGGGAUGCCAAAAAACUUUUGGUAUUUUUAAAGCCUGAUUCGAAUCCUGAUCAAGAGAUUGAUAAAAUAAGGGAAACAGAUUCUAAUGUAAAACCUGUAAAUGAUUUUGGUUUUAUGAAAAUCAUGAGGGAUAAUUCACUUAGGGUUAAUUUUAUAAAAUUUACAUUUAUUGUAAUAUGCCAACAAUAUUGUGGUGCUCCUCCUACAUUGGUGUACACUCAAAUUAUCUUUAGCCGAUCAAAUGUUCCUUAUCCAGAAUAUAUAGCUUUAGGAUAUGCAGUAUUAUUUUUUCUAUCGAAUUUAGUAGGUUGCUACAUAAGUCCAAAAUAUAAUAAGAAAACUGUGUUACUUGUUUCUAGCUUUAGUAUUUUAUUAUUAUUCAUUUUAAACAUUCUUGUGAUAUAUUUUAAAGUUAACGAAAAAUAUUUUAGUUACACUUCUGUGAUAGUGAUGUACUUGUUUAUUAUUGUAUAUACGACAAGCUUAGGAAGCAUUCCAUUUACAUUAAUAAACGAUUGGUUUCCCCAAAAUUGUAGGGUGUUCAUGACAAAAUUUUAUAUUGUAAUGUUUUCUUUAUUAGGGCUGAGUAUAACCAAAAUUUUCCAGGUUUUAAUCGGCCAAUUUCCACUUUAUAUACCGUUUUGUUUGUUCUCGGCUGUUAUUGUUUUCGCCAUUGGGUUUAUCAGUAUUUUUAUGUCUGGAGGGGGCAACAAGCAUUUUUACAAGACGAAUAUUGCAGAAAUUGUUGUAGGAGUGGAAGAGAAGAAAUAAAGAAAAUUGAGAAAAGUCUACUUAUUCAUUUUCCCAAAUUCUUUCAUUUCUAUUUAUUUUUCAGGCCAAAAAAAAAUUCGAGGAUGGAGUGGAAGAUCGACAAGAAUGAAUAAUCGAAAAAUCACACCAAAUUGCUUAACGCGAUUUUAUUUCUGAAACUAUAAUAGCCAGGGGGCUGGCGUCAAAGUUUCAUGGGUCAUUUCAGCAUAAUUUUUUUUCAUUCUGUACGGUAGCUUUUAUUUAAUAAAUAAGUAACCCUACUGUCAGCUGGCACACCUCCGUGGCGAAAGGGUAGUAAGAGACCCCGAAACUAGUAAAAAAAAAAUCGGGCCUUUUUAGCAAAGCUGGAAAUUUGACAUUUUAUUUUUAUGAUGAUUCCAUGAAAAAAAAAAUAAAUGUAUCAGCUUCCUGUGGUGGGGGGCAAAACUUGUCAGCUGCGCAUGAAAACAUGCAUGAAUGUCGGAAAAAAUCGGAUAAUUUCAGCAAAGCUGAAAAUUAUUUAUAUAAUAAAUUACGGUAUGAAAAUAACAGUUUUUAACUGGCUAAUGUAAAAUACUAGUUCGUCAUACUGUACUGUUAUCCCACUUUAGCAUGAGGGAAAUUGAAAAGGUAUAUUCAA